GUCAUUAUCUCAAAAAUGACGUCACAGCCAAUUUUAGAUAAACAUCUCAAGCUUGGCUUGCUUCACAUGUAUUCACUUACAUGCAUCUCAAAUGGGCCCAAUUCUCACAUACACACAUCCAUCACUACCUUAAAAAACAAGAGUCUACCUGCCCCUAAGAAAGUAUCUAACCUGUUUUGGGAACUGGCCCAAGAAGUGGCCCAGAAAGAGAAUCUCAUUUCAUUAAGCUUUAUUUUUUUUACCCAACUGUGGCGGGAACAGUACAAUGUACAAGUACAAG